AUGCCCCUGUUCCGCAAUAUCGUGCUUUCUUCCGUUCUCCUCAGAGUCGCGUUGAUUCUUUACAGUGAGUGGCAUGACGCCCGCUCUCUUGUCAAAUACACAGACGUGGAUUAUCGCGUCUUCAGCGAUGCAGCCGCUUUUCUCCUUCGCUCAGGACCUGGGGCCACCAAUCAGGCGCGAGGAGACCCGUAUACUAGGGAGACAUUUCGAUACACUCCUCUCUUGGCUCUCCUCCUCACCCCAAAUGUAUGGCUGCACCCAUCUUUUGGGAAAUAUCUCUUUGCCGCGUGCGAUAUAAUCAAUGGCCUUUUGAUUUACCAACUUCUGGUGAAGGAAAAACUCGCCGCUAUAUAUGCGGCAUCUUAUCUCCUCAAUCCCCUCGUUUUCUCAAUCUCGACGCGCGGUUCUUCCGAGUCCAUUUUGUCGCUCUUCAUCCUCCUCACGUUGUACGCCGCGCUGAACAGUCGUUGGGAUGUGGCUGCUAUCAUGCUUGGUAUAAGCACCCAUUGGAAGAUAUAUCCCAUCAUCUAUGGAAUCGGGAAUCUGGGUGUCAUCGGUGCAGCGGAGAGAGAUAAAGGGUACUUCAGGACCAUAGUCAACUGGCGGACGACUAGAUUCACCUUGAUCAGCGCUGGGACAUUCCUCAUUCUUGGGGCAGGAUGCUAUGCAAUCUGGGGUUAUCCGUUCCUCCAUGAAUCGUACCUCUAUCACGUCCACAGGCUAGACCAUCGCCACAACUUCUCCCCUUACUUCUACCUCACAUAUCUGACAUACCCUUCACACGGCGCCUCCAAUGCGAGGGCUCCCGAGCUUUGGAGCAGGAUUCUCCGCUCACCUCUAACCAGCUUCGUACCACAGAUGAUCCUGACCCUGGGGUCAGGUCUUCUUUUCGGGCGUUCCGAGAAAGAUCUAGUAUUUACUUGGUUCGUGCAAACAACCGCGUUUGUCAUCUUCAAUAAAGUCUGCACAUCUCAGUACUUCCUGUGGUAUCUCUUGCUGGUACCACUUCUUGCUCCACAGCUGUUGCUAUCUCGUUGGAAGGUCGUCGCUUGUGUGGGUGUGUGGGUCGGAACACAGGCACUGUGGCUCGCCGAGGCGUACAAAUUGGAAAUGUUGGGUGACAAUGUAUUCUUUACUUUGUGGGUGAGGGGAUUGUUCUACGUCGUUGGGAAUUGCUGGGUGUUGAUACAGGUCAUAAAUGGGUACGAUAGAUGA